AUGUAUUCACGCGUGAAUAUCGUAAAUAUGUCUGAGAAGUUAAAACUUAAAAACUUAAAAAAACCGAAAACAUGUUCACCACCAGGAGCUACCCGGACAUGUGGACAAUUCACUGCAAGUGAUCAAUUUGCUAAAAAGUCCCUAGACGAGUGGAAACCAAUGGUUUCCUCGGGAAGGCGCGAAAUAUGCGAAGCUGGAGAACUAGGAUUGGUUGUGAGUCUUGAUGGUCCUGUUCGUUGA